AUGUCUAAACUGCUGGUUUGCCUCCUCUUACUCUUUAUUCCUUCUGUCCAUACGACAUCCAAUUCCUUUUUGGAAUGGGCUCAGAAUUAUGCAAGCCAGGUCAAUAAGAGUAACUGCUGGAUUUGUGGCAUGUUACCCAUUUCCAGCACAUCUGGUUUGCCCUGGUGGGUAUCCCCACUCCAGGGGUCUGACUGGGUCCGCCUGCAAGAGUUCAUAGAUCAGGCCAGAGUCAAUAACAGUUUUCUCAAUGGUGUAACUAGAUACAAUGUCUCAGAAUGGCCCAUUGCAGGAACUAUGCACCAACCAGGGCACAACAAAUCAUUUGACUUGUUAACCACCAUUAAGGAAAGUUUAGAGUAUAUGCCUUCCCAGAUGUCGGGAAAAGAAUCACUACAACCACCAGCCCCAAAUGAAAAACAUCAUCGGUUCUAUGAGGGGUUUUACCAGAUUUGGGAUCAGUAUAUGUGGGUGACUCCCAUUAUCGGCCAGUUAAAUCAAAAGGCUCCACUGUGCUGGGAGCAGCGCAAUCACACGCUUGAUAACUGGGAGAACGCCACUAGGAAAAUGGGCUGGAUCCCCGAGUCAGACUGUGAAAGAGUAAUUGUCCUCCAGGCCACUGACUGGUUCGCUUCCAACUGGAUCGAACCAUAUAACACCUCUUUGGCGGUCCGUUGGGGGGCCCCUAAUGGUACGAAAUGGUUAUGUGGGGACAAUAUGUGGCCAUGGCUGCCCCCAGGCUGGAUAGGCCGGUGCACCAUUGGCUUUCCUUGGGUACAAGGACGAUGGAUACCAACUUUAGAAAAGCCUGCUAAUUUGAUGAUCUUAAAACAGAGGUGGACUCGAGCUGUCUUUAAGUGGUACGACCAUCUGGCAAACAUUAUUCCCACUGUAGGGUUGGAGAAUGUCAUGUGGCAUAUAGAAUCUCUGACCAAAUUUACUCAAAAAGCCUUGAAUGACACCGCCCACGGGAUCUCUUUGCUCAACUCGGAAAUGAAACUGAUGAGGCAAGCAGUCCUCCAAAACCGAAUGGCCUUGGACAUUCUCACCGCCGCUGAGGGAGGCACCUGCGCCAUCAUCAAAUCCGAAUGUUGCGUCUACAUCCCAGACUACUCAGCCAACGUCUCCGAAAUCCUUCAAGACCUUUCUUCCCAAAUCAACUCGAUGUCCGAUUCCUCCCCGAGUCUUAACGAUCUUCUGAAAUCAUGGGGUUUUGAUGGUUCAUGGUGGAAGAAGUUGCUGUUUGGUCUUGCAGUAUUUGUACAACCUACACUGGCUUAA